AUGCUUAUCUUCAAUAGUAUCGUUCCACGUUCGACCAUCAUACCUAUUCACGUACCCCCUCUCCAGCUGCUCGACGAAGCGCUCCAGGCUCUUGGGGAAAGCGUCGAGCACGGGGUACGCAGGGUUAGCGAAGGCUGUGGAGUGGAGUGCUUGGACGGACGUCUUGAGUUUUUGGAGCAUUCCGGGGACCUGGUGGUCGAAGUGUUUUUGCGUGGACAGGUGGGAGAGGAGGGCUUGGAGGGCGGAGUGGAUGGUGGAGAGUUUAGUAAGGUUGGAGUCCGUAGAAACAUUUUUAGGUUUAGGUUGCGAAAUCGAUUGUCCCUCAAGAUAUUUGUUAACGAGGGUGAAAUAUUGCUGAAAAUGUUCACACGCCUUUCUGAAUUUUUCUGA